AUGACAGUAGGAGAGUAUGCAGCAAAGUUCCAAGAGCUGAUGAAGUACUGGCCUCACUACCAACAUAGGGAUGGAGAGGAGAACUUGUACUUGCCCACUUUAGUGAGCAAGAGCAGAAUUUUUGAAGCCAACUCAAGGGAUAAGACCGUGGACACUAGGGGAGCCAGUCCAGUGAGGCGUGAUAAAAGACCUCCUAAAAUCUCAAAGAGGCCAUACUCAGGCUCGAGUAAUUCUCAGUUUAGAGGGAGUUACUCACAAGAGAAGAGCAGUGGGAGUGGCUCAAGAUCAGGCUCUUUCAGAAAGCUGAUCAAAUGCUUCAGGUGUGGAGGGCCACACAUAGUGAGAGACUGCGCACAGCCACGAAUAACUUGUAGCAACUGUGGGAAGUCGGGGCACAUUGCCAAUAUGUACAGGGCUGUCAAGAGGAGUGGCAGUAUGAGUACAACUCAGAGCCCUGAAUCUAGAGGAAGCAUAGGGCCGAGUACAGUGCCGAAGCCAAACUAUGUGAAGAGUCUGGGUUUGCAUGUGACUGAUUUACCACGUAAUGUUGUGGUGACUACCCCUAUGAGAAUGGAUUGGCUUGUUGCCAACCAUGUGCUGCUGGAUUGCAAAGAUAAGACACUGAUCUUUGGUGCGUCGAUGUCGAAAUUUCUGAGGUUGUUAAGUCGUGGUGCAUGGGAGAAUGCAAAGAAUGCCAAGGCUUUUAUGAUUAUAUUCUCAAUGAAGGCAAAAGGCAUGGUGGAGUCGGAGUAUAUCCCGAUGGCGAAGGAUUUCUUAGAAGUCUUCCCUGAAGAUAUUUCUGAGUUACCACCUGAGGGGGAGAUAGAGUUUGCUAUUGACCUCAUUCUGGGAGCAAGCCCGAUUUCUAUGGCACCCUAUAGGAUGUAA